ACCAUCAAUACGAUAAAGAAGAUUAAUUAUAUAAUUAAUAAUUAAAUAUGGAGAAGAUGAGCAACUCUAAUUCAUUUAAGCUUACACACAACUUCUACAUCAUUGAAUUCGAUGAUGGGAUAGCACUAGUACCGAAUAAUUGGUUGCGGCUAUCACUAUCAGAAGAUUUUUACGUUUGCUUUUAUCCGAAUUAUGAUUCAAAAAAGAAACUUAAUAAGGCUAUACAGACCAGAGAAGAACCUGAUUUGAAAAAUGUACAAGCUGGAUGGGCGAUGUAUGAUAUUUUACAUAUUAUUGCUUCAGCAGAUACUUUUGAACGAGGUCAAGAAAAGUUAAAGAUGGCCGAAAAUAUAUCUGACGUUAAUACAGAUAAUGAAGAGAAAAUGAAACAAACGCGGCAUGACAGAGCUGUUGUAAAAAAUUUUACAUCUGACGACUCAUCUUCAUCCAGUACAAAUAUGGAUUCCGUCCUGUUGCAGUUACCAGAUCCGAAUGAAUUUUGUGGAUCACAUUAUUCUUCGAAUAAGAUUUUAGCGACUUACGAAAACGCAAUUAUUUCACCCGAAGAUGAAAAUAUUAUGAUUCUAAAUAUGGAGAGAAAAAAACCGAAAAUAGUUAAACAAGAAAAG